AUGUCGGAGCUGUGCCUGCCAUGGAAGACUUGGUUUUCCAGUCUUCUCAUCUCUGACUUGAAGCGAUUCUGUUCUUUCCUCUUCUCUCACCCUCUAUACUUGUCAUACUUUGUCUUCUUCUCCCCUUAUCUCUUCAAAAUCGUCUCCUUUCUCUUCCCUCUUGUCUUCACCACUUCCCUCUUGCUCCUUGCCUUUCUUACAGUCUCUCCGGGCUUGAUUGCCCACGGCAAGGUUGGUGAUCUGCUCUCUGCUUGUCAUGCUGUGGUUGAGGAUGGAACCCAGGAGUGUUUUGAUUUGGAGGAUUUUGAAGCUUACAAGAUUGUGUUUGAGGGUCCUUUAAUGGAUGUUCAAGAAAGCCAAGCCCAAUUCUCGGAACAGAGUUUAGUGGAAGAUUCAAUGGAGGAGGAGGAGAAGAAACUGGAAGAUCUUGUCCCAAAGGUUGAAUCCUCGACUCUAAGAGCUCCUUACAGUUCGGUCCAACGGAGUAUAAGUUACUAUAAUUCAAUGACUCAACAGGCAGUGUUAAAUGUUGGUGCGUCCUAUACUUCAGCCAGAAAGAGUAUUUCUGAAAAUUCAGUGGCUCAACAAACAGGGUUAAAUGUCGGUACACCAUACACUCUGACCCAAAAGACCAUUUGGAAGGAUAUAAAUCAGGAUAAUUCAGUGACCCAACAGGCAGAAUUGAAUGCUGGUGCACACAAAGAAUUGGUGGGGGAGUUGGAAAGCAUGGGUAGUGUGAAAGACCAGAAGAAAGUGGAGGCACAAGGCACGAAUGCCGAUAAAGUGGUUGAAAACUUAAAGGUAAGAAAUGGAUCCAAGGACGAGGAGACAAUCGUCAACAAAACAAAAACAAAAACAAAAACAUCAAUCCCAAGAAACGAUUCUCAGAGUCUGAAAGUGGAGAGUUCAAGAACACUGGAUUACAAUCUUGCUCACAAUGGCUCCAUGAGAAAGGAAAAAGAGUGGAAAAGGACACUGGCGUGCAAGCUGUACGAGGAGAGGAACACUAGAGAUGUGAGUGGUGAAGGGAUGGAUUUGUUGUGGGAAACAUACGAAAUGGAGGCCAUAAAGAGCAAGAAGAUGGAGUCGAAGAAGAAGGCGAAGAAAAAAUGGGAAAGCAAGAGAUAUAAUAAUAAGAAGGUGGAGAGUGAGGAUGAAGAAGAAGAAGAAGAAGAGGAAGUGUAUGAUCAGCUGUGUUGUUUGCAGGCCCUCAAGUUCUCAGCUGGGAAAGUGAACUUGGGAAUGGGAAUUGGAAAGCCUAAUCUUAUGAAGAUUUCAAAGGCUAUCAAAGGUUUUGGAUGGCUUCAUCAUGUUAGCAGCAAGCACAGCAAGAAGGUGCACAUUGAAGACAGGUUAUAA